AAAAACAUAAACAAUUUUUUCAGUGUUUAGAAAAUCGGUGAAAAUCCUUCAAGAAAAAUGAUAACAUGGGAAAACGAUCUUUCUUCUUAUACUCUAAACUUCUAAAGGAGCAAUUGCAUCUGGUAAAAGCACGAAAAGUUCUUGAAGUUCUGCUAAUAAAAACAUAAUAAUUUCAAUGCUGCAUUGGUAGAACAACUCCUAUUGGCAACCACACAGGUGUCUUCCUCGUCAAAUACACGUGAAUAAAUUCGUGAAACCUCAUCUGAGCCAGAGGAGCAAAUUGAUCAUGUUAAAGAGGUUAAAGACAUCAUCCAUGAGACACUCAACCUGAAGAUACAAAGUGGGAGCUAAAUGGAUGAGGAAGAUGACGAAGAAUUCAACUAGAUGGGCCGAAAAAGACAGGCUACAUAAUCUUUCAUCAUUUGUGGACCCCUUUUGAGAGUUGGAACCCAAAAUUACCUCACCUUGCUACACGAUGUAUGUGCAGCGUAUAUAACGUUUAUUUUCUACAUGGGAAUGGCUUUUAAGCGAUCAAGAAGAACGAUGAACAUACGAAUAGUGGCAGCAUGUCUAGCUGUGCUUCUCAAUGCAAACACAAUAUUUGCAGCCAUCUAUACACCAGGAGGUCCUGUCUAUGUGAAUCCUGAGCAGGAGAUUCAAGCCACACCGAGCCAACAGACGAUAAAUUAUGUGACACAAACUGUUUAUGGGUUUUUGGAUUUCACAACUACCAUCGGCAAUACCGUGAUGCUCUUUUCGCCACAGAGUUCAUCAUCAGCUGUGGCCCCUACGAGCGUUGUUGAAGAAGUUAAACCAACGAAAGUUGAAGAGAAAAAGCCCGUGGUUGUGACGAAAGAAAUUAAAGCGUCACAAGUGGAGGAAAAGAAACCCAUUGUAACGAUAAAAGAGAUAAAAGCAUCACCCCCAUCAUCAAUUGUGAAUGUUGUAGCAUCAAUUGAGAAGCCCGAUAGGCCAUCAAUUGUGAGUGUUGUGAAUGUUGUGCAGCCCGUUAGUGUGGUAACAUCGUCAAAAACACAAAUUAUUUCCACAAAAGUCGACGUAAUUGUUCACAAGGAAACGGUAACACCGUCAAUUCCCACGGAAGCACCGGUGGAAGAGGUGUCACCACAAAUUGAGGAAAAACCCUUCGAUGGGUUGACAAUUGAAUCGAGUAUUGUGGAGAUUAAUUCAAAUGUAAAUUCCGACAUUCCCGUGCAAAUUCCCAAUAAUAUCGGGGAGCCUGAGUAUGAUUUCCUUUCGAGGCAACCAGCUGAAUAUGUCGAAGAGACGUACAGGGUGCACAAUUUGCGUGGUGGAAAGCCACAGCUGAAGCAACGACCAACUGAAGCACCCCGACGUGAUACUCUCCACCCCACGGGUUUGGUGACAAAACUCGGUGGAACCGUGGUUAAAGAUGGUGUAACAACAAUUCAUGAAACAAGCGUAAUAGGGACGUACAUUUCGGGGAAAUAUGCUCAAGUCCUGCAGAGCUCUUCGCAGAUCUUCCACAAUCCCAAUAAAGCCAAAAUUGCUCCAUCACCAUCGCUCAAAAUCCUAAAAACUGCCGCUCCGGCUAUUGCAAAGGAUCGCCGGUACUCUGUUGAGGCAACACCCAGCCUAGAUAGCUACGAAGAUACACUAACAACAGCUCCUGGUCGAAAACGUCCUGUUGCCAUUCCCCCCACAAGUCCUGCAGACUUCAAGAGUCGCUUCCGCAAUCGAAAGUACACCCCUGAGAGUAAUCAAGACUACACUGAUGAUGUUACCCCAGCUGCUGAAAAGAUCACAACGAAGAAAUUCCGCAGUAACCAGAAAUACAAUCGUCCCUCAUCGGAGGUGAACACUGUGUCAGUAUUCCCGGAAACGAGCUCUGUACCGGCCUUCCGCAGGAAUAAAGCUUCCCGCCAUGACUUCAAGACAACAUCAACGGUGACACAGAAUGACUCGUACAGCCGACGUGGCUUCAAACCUCGACCACAUCCAACGAAUGUGGAUGCUGAGCAGCAAACAACGAGUCUGUAUAAAUUCAAAUUGAAUCGCACACCAGGACGGUGGCAGUACAAAACCACCCCAAAGCCACGGGUUAAUAUUCGAAAAUCAACCGAUGAACCAAAAGAAACGGCAACGGAAACAACAAACCCCGAGGGGAGAACCGAAGAUGGUGAUCUCGAUGGACAACCAUCCCUUACGGGUGAUAUCCUCGAAGAUGACGGACGCAAUGGAAUUGAAAAGCCCCUCCCAGUGGAAACGUUGAAAGUUGAAAUUUCCACACCGUCAGACUUUGCGGAUAUUUACUACGAAAUUGCAACGAUUAAAUCGCCAUACACCUUCCAGGUGGGUCCUAUGAAGAAGACAAGAUUCAUCACAGUGACGUCCACCUUUGAGAAGACCCUGGAACCAGAGACAUCCACAACAGAGCUCACAGGUCCUCUGACGGAGAAUAUCCUGGCAACAACGUCACAUUUGGACAGUGAACACAAUCUUCUGGACUCAACAAUUGCUACCCUACCGCCGCUCUAUCUCACGGAUAUUGGGGAAACACCAAGUUUGGAAACACUCACAGAGACCUUCAGUACAUCCCAUGUCCUCCUCAAGACGCACAUCUUGCCAAUUGUCUACAAUGAGAACAGCACCGAUAGUCACACACUCAUCCAGACAUACCACGUAACGAGACUCGUAACUGCCACAAAAACCCUUCCGCCCAUGGAGAGCUAUCACUUUGUCCCGAGUAAAACAUUCAAUGAGUUCAAUAGUCGUCUCGAUGAGGCUGGAUCUGAGUUGCAUUUAGAGCUAGAAUUUGGCGACAAUAACGAGGAGGAUGAAGAUGAUGAGGGACUUCGUCAGGAAUUACCAGCUGAGUUGGAUUUGUCCAAAGUUGGAACAGAUCUCGAUCUUUUGGGACUUGAUCGUGUACCCAUAGCCGCACCACCAAAAGCCAAACAUCCCAAAGUCACCAAGACACCCGUCCUGGAGGCAACAACCCCCAAAUCCAGUGAGAGUAUUCAACCGGAGAUUCAGCAACUUCUUCGUCUCCUAAACCCAGCAGCUGCUGCUAAUCUUCCCCAAGUGAUUACAUCAUCAAAGCCAGUGAUUAAACUCGAAACAGUGUACGAUUCCCACGUGAUUCCCAUCUUCAAUGGUGUCUCCACCAUCUUCAGUACACUUACACGUCCAAUUGGUACGGUAACAAAGACAGACUACGAGUACGAGACGACAACAAUUCAGCCAUCACUCCCCAUUCCACCUGUCCCCAUGAAUCCCCUUUUCCCACCCCAGCAGCAAUUCCAGGUCACAUCGGCGCCCAUUGUUCAAAAUACAGUGGUCACACUGACAGACAGUAAGGUACUCAAGUUGACCUUUGGUGCUAAGACCGCCUACACCACCCUCUUCUCCACCCAUGUUACCCCAACUCUUGUCACAACAUUCGUCACCACAUCCGUUCCCGUGGCUCCCGUCAAUGGGGCAGCAUUCCCCGGAUAUUUCCCCGCACCCUAUGCUCCCUUUCCCUAUGUGGGCUAGAAAAUUAUGAGGAGAAUUCGUGAGCUCCUCCCCCCCCCACCCCUUUUGGGAACUCCUGCGAAAAACCGUAGAAUGGAGAACAAUGUGAGUACCUAUGGCUACUUUUAGAGAAAAUGGUAUCUGCAUAUUUUAAACAUUGAUCCUUUGAUUCAUUUUAGUAAGUUUGGUAAGAAUAGAAGUAUUUUCAGUAAUUUUUCUUACUAUCAAAAUGCCCCUAAAGGUAUGCAAUUUUCAAAAGAAAUUUAUUUAAAUUGUGAAAAAAAAACUAUGACUUACCAAUAAAUGUGCCUUUAAACUGCUAAAGAAUCCGGCUUAAACAAUAAAUUAAUUUUCACUGAAA